AUGCCUUCUCUUUCUCUUAGCCAGGCCAUCUCGGUCCUCGCCUUCACAGCUGGUACAGUGAAUGCUGCCAUGGGACCGGCUUUCAGCACCGGCCCAGUCGCCGAUGACUCUUUUAUUCGCGAGGCAACUUCUACACUCAUUCUCCCUGAUGCUCCCAGUGGCUCAGAGGGUGAUACUUCACUGUGGGUUGGCAUGGGUACCUCCAAUGGCGACUUGAUUCAGUCUAUUGCUGAUAACUGGGAGUCCGAUGACUGGAGUGUCUAUGCCUACACUCUUCUCAGCACUUCUGCAACCACCCAGAUGCCAGUUCAGGGCCCUUCAUCUUCUGCCAAAAGGGGCAACCGGGUGACUAUGCACUACAAAUUUGACGAUUCGACCGGCAACUACACACAGACUGUUCUCGUCAACAAUCGGACCGUGUCUACCCUUUCCACCAGCGAUGCAAAGGCCCAGGGCUGGGGUAGUGCCGUCGAGUGCGCCGAGGACAAUUGCGGCACUGUUGGAGCUCAUUCUUGGAUCAAUACCAAGAUCAUUCUGGAUGUUGCCGACCCCAACUACAUCAACACUCUGAGCAAGGGUGACGGUGUCACUGGAAACAUGAAGACCACUGACAAUGGAAAGACCUGGACUGUCAGCACCAUCAACAUUCCGCAGUUCACCUUCGGUACGUCUUCUUGA